GUCAAGUAAACACACAAUUAGGUGUCGACGAUCGGAAAAUAUUUUGACUCAAUCUUAAUUCUGGAGGAGUACAUAUAAAACACUCACACCUAUUGAAAUGAAGUAUGAAGAAAAUGGGAAAAUUUUCGGGAAAAUUCACGAAAAUCUUGUAAAAAAUUUUCGAUUUUCAUUUUAGUUAUUUGUUGUUGAACCGAUCGAACGGAGGUGUAAAUUAGUGGAAUAUUCAGUGUGCUGAACUGCCGAACAAUCAACCGAUAAAAAAUGUUUUACGACUAUGAUUUGUACUAUCCAACGUAUUACAGACCGCGAUACUAUUCAACAUAUUCGCCGAGCUAUUACAUAGGCGAUAGGUACAACUAUUCGUAUCAAAACUACAUUCCAUGGAGAUCAUGGCAUCAACGAUAUCCGCUAGCAUAUCCAUCACUUUACGACUACUGCACUACCAGCGCUUACGUGCCAUACAGGAGCAGUUGUAAUUACCUAUAUAGCAUUCCGAGUUACACUUCCCGGCCAGUUUACACCUCAGUUGCUCCAUCAAAAAUGUUGUCACCGCCAAUCUUCCCCGAAUCGGAAAUGUACGCUUUCACCUAUGGAUCGGACUUCAAUGCGAUGAAAGAUGAUAUUCGAUCAGCAGCAUCAAAAUUACAAGAAAUUCGACGACCACGCGCUUCUAGUGUACCGCGUUUUGCAAGGCAAUCAAAUUGUGCGGCGUUAUACGACAGCGACAUCGAUUACUACCGAUUCCAAAGAGGCCUAACCAAAAGAAUGACGAGCGAAGAACCGAGAAGUCGCAGCAUUAAAUUCUAGUAGAUCAAUUGUUACCCGAUUGACUAAAGGA